GCCGGGAUGCGGCGGGGCCGGGUGCAGGAUGCGCUGCGGGGCGCUGGCGCUGGCGCUGCUCUGCGCCCUCCCCGUGUGCCCCGCGGCGCUGGAACCCCCCGAGACGGGAUCGGGGCUGCACUCAGAUGAAGUGAACUUGCUGGACAAAAUUACUUCUCAUGCACAGGACCUCAGCAAUAUCUCCUUCAGCUACGAUGAAGGCAACUGCAGCAUUCUGGAGAUCGGGCAGUACGCUACGCUCAACAUCCCUACGAGGGAGGCAUUUGGGGACAGGUUUGCAGAUGAGCUGAGUGUGCUGAUGAAGCUCAGGUACUCACUGAAGGAGGACACCAGCCUAGUGACCAUCCUUAGCCAUCGGAGCCAUGUGCUCUUCCAAAUCAGGAUUAACCCAUACGCCUUGGUCUUUGUCACCACAAGGAGGAGACACUAUGAGUUCCCGGUUUCUCUUCUCGGCGAUGGGCUCUGGCACCAAGUUGCUCUCAGCAUUUCCUUGGAGAGGCUGGAGUUGCACGUGGACUGUCGGCUGGUGGACAGAGUGAGCUGGUCCAAUUACUUCGGGAUGGGAGUGAACACUGAAGGGCUGAUCAUCAUUGGAGGCCUCAUUGAGUCCUUUGAGAUCCCCUUUAAGGGUGCUCUACAGCAACUGACCUUCGUGAUGGGAGACCCAGCAGCUGCCAGCGAGCAGUGCCACAGCUACAACUCAAAGUGUACAUGCUCCUUCAACUUCAACCCCUUCGUUUCGCCGUGGGAGCUGUCACCAUUCUGGCCAGAGGUGCCAAAAGAAACCAAUGAAAUCCAAGACUCGUCUGCUCAGAACUCCAGACUUACUGAUUCAGAUUUGACCCUGAGGCCACCUUGGACGUGGGAGGAUGCCCAGGAGACCCUCAACAUCCAGCCUGAUGGGAGCACCCUGACUUCAGUGACUGGUACCGACAUGCUGUCGGCUGAGGAAGAGGAGGGCAGCCUUUCUAUUGAGGAUGAAGGCUUUGAGCUGUUGAACUCCACCUAUAAUAAAAUCACUGGCCCUGGCAGGCCAGGGAACAGCCUACAGGUUACUGGUAGGUCCGGACCCUCCACCAAAAUACACAGAGCAGCCAAGAAGGAGCGUGCCUCUGAACCCUGGGAGGAGAAUGUCACCACGGAGAAGCUGACAGGUGAUGUGGGCACCCGGUGGCAGCUCUUGCCCAGCAAACCCGGUGAUGCCAUCAGUGACCUGGACAUGCCUGAAACAUUCGCCAAGAUCUCCCCAUCGGCACCUCAGGCAGCUGCCCCCAACGGAAAUGUGCCCAAAGGUCUCCUGGGAAUGGGGUCAGCAGCAGGCACCCCAGAGCAUCCUCCAGUAGAAACCAGCCCUUCUGUCCCAGGGCUCAGGGAUGGCACUGCCUACUUGGGACACCCCAUCUUGCCAGUGGCACGUGGGCAGCAGGGUCAUGUGAAGAUGGGACCUCCAGGGCUGCCAGGGCCACCAGGGCUGCCGGGCUAUCCUGGGAAACGUGGACUGGUGGGACCCAAAGGAGACAAAGGGUACCCUGGAGCCAUGGGGCGGACGGGCCGCCCGGGUGACCCGGGCCCUGUGGGCAUCCCUGGUGUCCCCACCAUCAUCCUCUGGAGGAACUCCAAGGAGGACUGGCAGACAUUUCUGCAAUCAUCGUUUUUCCAGCUUCUACACGCAGGCUGGCCGAGAAAACCCGGAGCCCCAGGGCCUCCAGGACAUCCAGGAAGAACAGGAGCACCUGGACCCUGCGGAGAUCCAGGAGAACCGGGUGAGAAAGGCCAGCGGGGCUACAUGGGUGAACCUGGGCUCCAGGGCUUGCCAGGACGUGCAGGUUAUCCCGGCUCGGAUGGCUUCCCUGGCCUGGAUGGCAAACCCGGGCCGUGGGGGCUGCCAGGAGAGCAGGGACUGCAGGGCUUCCAGGGUGACCGGGGCCUGACUGGUGAGAAGGGAGAAGAGGGUUUCCUGGGUGACCCUGGACCAGCUGGGGAGAAAGGAGAGAAGGGAGCAAAGGGACUGAAGGGAGAAAAUGGCCUGCCAGGUCCUGCUGGGCUUCACGGAUGGGACAAAGGCAGCUGCUGCCUCAGGGUGGGCACCUUGCUGAUGCCCUGCUCCCGGCUUCUUUCCCAGGGAAUGUCAGGUCUGAAGGGUGCGAUGGGCUUCCAGGGCCCCGUGGGGCCAGAGGGAGAAGGUGGCUCAGUGGGUCCCCCGGGCCCUGCCGGCCCUAUGGGAGAGCCAGGGGAGCCGGGAUCUGUUGGAUGCCGAGGUGUCAAUGGUUCUCAGGGAGAAAUGGGCCCUCCUGGCUUGCCUGGCCCCCGGGGCCCCAAGGGACCGCAGGGCUUGCAGGGGAGACGCGGCCCCCCCGGCCCCAGGGGCAUGAAGGGUCCAGCUGGGAUGGAGGGAUCUGCUGGUCCCAAAGGAGACACUGGUGCAGACGGUGCCCCUGGGCUGAGGGGACUGCUGGGGCAGGAGGGCCCUGGGGGGUUCAUUGGCCUGCCAGGUUCAAAAGGCACCCCCGGAGAGCGGGGCUGUCGGGGUCCAGGUGGAGCCAAGGGAGACCUGGGAGUCAAAGGAGAGAAGGGUCCACAUGGAGCACAAGGAGCCAAAGGACCCCCAGGGACUCGGGGCCAGGUUGGCUUGCAGGGCUUUCCUGGUCCGCGAGGAGCAGCAGGGCCCCGGGGACCAGAUGGAGAAGAAGGUCAGAUCGGCCCAACGGGGCUGAACAGCAGCGAGGGACCCAAGGGAGGCCGAGGACCUGAUGGCCCGAAGGGAACCCCAGGACCACGGGGAGCCCGGGGCCGUGUGGGUCAGCGUGGGCUGGUUGGAGUCCCUGGGCUGCCCGGUUUGAGGGGCAUUCCUGGAGCGGAAGGUGCAGAAGGAAAGCCUGGUACACAGGGUCCCUCAGGGACAGUGGGCAGCCCGGGAAGGAGGGGACCACCUGGUUUUGCUGGCUUGCAGGGGGGCCAAGGGAACACAGGACCUCCUGGCUCGAUAGGUGCUCUGGGAAAACGUGGGCCUGAUGGAGACCCAGGUUGCCUUGGCCCAAAGGGCCUGCCUGGGAAGCCUGGCUUGGAGGGGCCACAAGGACCUGUUGGCACCCAUGGCUACCCAGGACCGGCUGGUGACCGCGGGAGGCCGGGACGCAGGGGAGACAAGGGAGAAAUGGGAGCCCGAGGCCCACCAGGAUUUCCAGGAAAAGCUGGUCCCAAGGCUCUGCCAGGUCCCCCUGGACCACGAGGUGCUCCUGGCUCCCAGGGCAGAGCGGGCGACCCAGGUCCUCGAGGGCUGCCAGGACUGCCUGGUGUUCCUGGCAUGCGGGGGCUGGACGGCGUCCCUGGGAAGCCUGGCUUGGCAGGAGAAACAGGGGCUCCAGGAGCGGCCGGUGCUGCUGGCCCACCUGGGUAUCCGGGACAGGAAGGUCCAAAGGGACCUGAAGGGCCUGCAGGGAUGAAAGGAGAGAAGGGUGACGCAGGAGACCCCGGGGAAGCCGGCAUAAGUGGGCUGGAUGGCGAGCAGGGACCACCAGGACCACCAGGAGGAGAGGGUCAGCUGGGACCCAAAGGUGAACAGGGAGAGGCAGGAACCUGUGGAGCUCCAGGCAUGAGAGGGGACCCCGGGGAACCAGGGGAAGAUGGACCAGAGGGGCUGGCAGGGAGGCCUGGAGAGCAAGGGAAGGAGGGUGAUGUUGGUGAUGCUGGAGACCCGGGCGAGCCAGGACCACAGGGACAGAAGGGUGAUGCUGGGCCCAAGGGCCCUCCUGGAGCACCUGGCCUGGGAGCUGCGAUGGGGAAAAUUGGAGGAAAAGGCCAUAAAGGAGAGAAGGGACGAGAAGGUUUGCUGGGCCAGGUCGGUGUCACCGGAGCUGCAGGACCUGCUGGAGCCAGAGGGUGGUUUGGUGGGACGGGUCUCCGAGGUCCUCCUGGGUUUGACGGUCCUGAGGGAGUCAAGGGGGAUCCAGGGCCACGAGGCAUGGAAGGACCCACUGGUGCUUCUGGAUUAGAGGGACUUGCUGGAGACGAUGGAGUCAAGGGAGACAGUGGCAAGCCUGGUCCGGCGGGCGCAGCGGGUGCUCGGGGACCAGCGGGCAGCCCCGGGCUCCGGGGAUACACUGGGCACGAAGGAGCCAGAGGAGUGGUGGGAGCCCAGGGAGAGCCAGGCCAGCAGGGUCCUCUUGGGCCACCAGGAGAAGUUGGAGCCAUGGGGCUGAGUGGCACCGAGGGGCUGGCGGGUGCUAAAGGGGAGCCGGGCAAGCCAGGAAAACUAGGGCAAAUGGGGUCUCCGGGACAAGCUGGUCUGAAAGGGCAGAAAGGUCGCAAAGGAGAAAAGGGCGAUGUAGGGCAUGAAGGGGAAGAAGGGGUGCCUGGAGAAGCCGGCAGACGGGGUAAGCGAGGCAAGGCAGGCCACCGGCCCCCGAGAGGUCCCCAGGGACCCAAGGGCUACCGAGGUGACGAGGGGCCAGAAGGACCCCAGGGCCCCCAAGGACUCUACGGCAUUCCUGGGCUGAAGGGCGUGAAAGGAGACCCUGGACCAAAAGGGCACAAGGGCGACAAGGGCAGCAUGGGCGACAUGGGCCCGCAAGGGGACGAUGGCUUCAAGGGCAAGCUAGGACCCCAUGGUGUCCCUGGGAGGUCAGGACCCAAGGGACAACAGGGUAGUAUUGGCCCCCCUGGCCCACAGGGACAUCCUGGCUUCCCUGGGACACCGGGCUUGUCCGGACCCAAAGGGCUGAAAGGCUUCCCGGGGCUGCCAGGACCCAGGGGCACGCCAGGCCUGCCGGGUCUCACCGGCCCACCUGGACCCCGUGGACCAGCGCUGGUGCUGUCUGGGAAGGAGCUGCAGCACCUAAUUUAUCCUUCCAAUCACCUGAAUUACACCGCAAUCUGGGCUCUGCUGGGCACCCUGAGCCACGAGCUGCAAGCCUUCAUCGAGCAUCCCAACGGCACCAAAACCAACCCAGCAGCCACCUGCAAGGAGCUGAAGCUGGCUCAUCCCAGUCUGCCUGAUGGGCAAUACUACAUCGACCCCAACCAGGGCAGCCCCCAGGACGCACUGGUGGCCUUCUGCAACUUUACAGCGGGGGGCGAGACCUGCAUAGCCCCUGUCCACAACCAGGUCCCCAUCAAGGCUUGGCUGAGUACCUACACCUCCAAGGACACCUUUGAGUGGUUCAGCACCCUGCCUGGGGGCUUCCUGCUGGAGUACGCAGGGGCCAGCCCAGUGCAGCUCCGCUUCCUCCGCUUGCACAGCCACCUGGCCACCCAGAAGGUCUCCUACUCCUGCAGACCGGCCCCUGAGCAGGGGCAGCCCCAGCCGGAGAAGGAAAUCCGCUUCCUGGCUGACUCCCGGGAGCAGAGCUAUGUCACCAGCCUGCAAGGCUGCGUGCUGGACAACGAGUCCUCCAUCACCGACACCAUCUUCCAGUUCACCACAGAGGAACUCUCCCUGCUGCCCCUGCGGGACCUGGCUGUCUUUCACAACGGCGACACCUCACACCAGUUUGGUUUCACAGUCGGACCAGUUUGCUUCAGCUGAAACCGGUGACACCCAAACCGAGCUGGCUGGGUUCCCUCCACCCCAGGACCUUUCCCACUGGGGACAUGUGUGGAGGCUGGGGGUGGCACUGGGCUCCCACUCACCCCCUGGAGCUGCCAGUCCUCUUUUUGAGAUCCGUAUUUGUAGCUGCAUUCUGCCACAGACUACACUUCCUUCUGGAGUAGAAGAGUAUUGUUUACAAAAGUCAUUUCUCUAUAAAUUAUAUAUAUUAUAUAUGUAUAUAUACAAGAAGGUGCUAAUUUAAUGACUGACUGGGGGAGGCUCCUCUAAUUAUAACCACUGGGAACUGUC